AUGUAUUGGAAGACGGUUGCCUUGGCUGGUCUUUCAGCAUCAUCUCCGGUGCUGGGCCACAAUGUGGUCGAUCUGACCGGAGAUGGCUGGACGGUCAGUAACAAGGGGCUGAAUAUCUCGGUCCCAGGCCAUUUGCCUUCUCACGCGCACUUGGAUCUCUAUGCUGCAGGUGCAAUCGAUGAUCCAUACUUCGGUCUCAAUGACUUCAAUCUCCGCUGGGUUGCAACCAACAAUUGGACGUAUACUAGCCACCCCUUGAAAGGAGUCUCUUCCGAUGCCAGAUCGUCCUGGCUUGUAUUCAACGGACUAGACACAUUCACCACAAUCGAAAUAUGCGACCAAUUCGUGGGUGCGACUAACAAUCAGUUCCGUCAGUAUAGAUUCGAUAUUUCACAAGCUAUCAAAAAGUGCAAGGGUGACCCAGUUCUAUCGUUGAAUUUCGGUAGUGCCCCCAACAUUGCCAACCAAAUUGCCAAAAGCCCCAACGCCGAAAAGUGGCCUUACGGUCCACAGCAGAUCUUCGAGUUCCCAAACCGCUGCGUUUGCCCUGCCGGCCCAUGGAAGGAUGCCUAUUUGGUGCAGUUCGAGCAGGAUGAGGGCGUCUAUGUCACAAACACAGACUUGGACAUCUUCCGCAAAGGACAGAUUAAUCACCUUGCUCCGGACCAGAGUCAGCCAUGGGUGGUAAACGCGAGUAUUGACUUCAUCGGGUCGCUCCCAGAUGAAGCGUCCCUGAGUAUUGAUAUCAAGGACCUUGAAUCAGGAAAGACACUCAAGGCUGCUGCCCUCGAAAAUGUAUCUGCCUCCGAUGGCAGUAUCACGGGAAGCAUUACUAUUCCAGCACGUGCCGCCAAACUGUGGUGGCCCACUGGGAUGGGCAAGCAGAUCCUCUACAACGCUACCGUCUCCAUCAAUGACCAUAAUAAACAGCUGGCUGCUGUAAGCAAGCGUACUGGCUUCCGCACCAUAUUCCUGAACCGGCUCAACGUCACUGAAGAGCAGCAAGCUCAAGGCAUAGCACCUGGAGCCAACUGGCACUUUGAGAUCAAUGGUCAAGAAUUCUACGCCAAGGGAUCUAACUUUAUCCCCCCUGAUGCAUUCUGGCCACGCGUGACCCAGGAAAAGAUGGAUCGUCUUUUUGACGCCGUCGUGGCUGGUAAUCAGAACAUGCUUCGUGUAUGGGCAUCUGGCGCCUACCUCCCGGAUUUCAUCUACGACAUUGCAGAUGAGCGGGGAGUCCUGCUUUGGAGUGAGUUCCAAUUCAGCGAUGCCAUGUAUCCCGUCAACGAGACGUUCCUGGAAGACGUCGCGGCUGAGGUUGCGUACAAUGUUCGACGAGUCAAUCACCAUCCAUCUCUAGCAUUGUGGGCAGGUGGCAACGAGAUUGAAAGCUUGGAGCUUCCCCUUAUCAAGGAGGCUGACCCUGAGCACUACUCUUACUGGGUUGGGCAGUAUGAGCAACUGUUCAUCAGCCUGAUCCUGCCGCUGGUAUACGAGAACACGCGGUCGAUCUCAUACAUGCCCAGUAGCACAAACAACGGUUUCUUGUCCGUAAAUCUAUCUGCGCCAGUGCCCAUGGCCGAGCGCUAUGAUAACACCACCGCUGGCGAACACUACUCGGACACCGACCACUACAACUACGAUAGCAGCGUCGCCUUCGACCUCGGCAGCUACCCCGUUGGUCGUUUCGCCAACGAGUUCGGCUUCCACAGUAUGCCAAGUCUCCAAACCUGGGAGCAAGCCGUCGACAAAAAGGACCUUCACUUCAACAGCAGCACCGUCGUCCUCCGCAACCACCACUAUCCUCCUGGUGGCACAGAAACAGACAACUUCCGCAACGCUUCAAUGGGCAUGGGCGAGAUGACCAUGGCCGUGGAAAGGUACUACCCGAUCCCGCACAAGACAAAGGGUAUCGACAACUUCAGCGCCUGGUGUCGCGCCACCCAGAUGUUCCAAGCGGACCUGUACAAGAGUCAGAUUCAGUUCUACCGGCGCGGCAGCGGCAUGCCCGAACGCCAGCUCGGCUCGUUGUACUGGCAGCUGGAGGAUAUCUGGCAAGCGCCCACCUGGGCGGGCAUCGAGUACGACGGGCGAUGGAAGUUCCUGCACUAUGUCGCGCGCGACAUCUACCGGCCUGUCAUCGUAGCGCCGUACUGGAACUAUACUACCGGUGAUCUGUCCGUAUACGUGACCUCGGACCUGUGGGACACGGCGCGGGGAAUCGUGAACAUGACCUGGGUGGAUCUGGCCGGGAAGCCGCUGGCGGGCAAUGCGGGUCUGCCGCGCAGCCAGAAGUUCAGUGUUGGGGCGCUGAACACGACCAAGAUCUUCGAUGUGAAUGUUUCGGACCUGCACCUUCCGAAUAAGACGAAUGCCGUGCUAGUGUUGUCGGUCCAGGCGCGCGGCAGACUGCCGAAUGGGAAUGGGACCGUCUCCACUUUCAAGCAUCGCAAUUCUUUCACGCCUGUUUUCCCGAAUCAGUUGGCGCUGGUGGAUCCCAAGCUCGAGGUCGCGCAUGAUGCCGGCUCCGUUUUCACGGUUGAGGCUAAGGGUGGCGUGUCGCUGUAUACCUGGUUGGAUUAUCCUGCUGGGGUCGUGGGUUACUUUGAUGACAAUGCGUUCACGCUCCUUCCGGGUGAGAAGCGAAAGAUCGCGUUUACGGUGCAGAAGGAUGAGACGAAUGGGACGUGGGUGCAAGGGGUGACGGUUAGCAGCCUCUGGGAUCAGACCACAUCUACAUAG